AUGGAUAGAAAGAACACGAACGACGAUAUUGCAUCUCAGCUAGUUUUUCGUGCAGAUAUCAAUUUUUCGGACGACGACCUUAGUGAAGAAGCUAAAGCACAAUUUACCUAUCACAAUGAGGUUCUGAGCGUAUUCCAGCUCAAUGCUCGUAUAGUUCUCAGCAACGACCGACUAUCGCCAACUGGUCGCCAUCUUUUUUGUACAAAACUGGAAAAAGAAUACAAAAAUUAUAAAAGUGUACUUAACUAUGUCGCUAUGCAUCCGGAAAAUAAAAUCAAAACACAAGCAAUCCACUCUCCUCUCAUAUUAUGCGGUUUGCCUCGUACUGGAACGACACUUUUAUUCAAUCUACUCGCUUGUGAUCCUGCAUGUCGAGCACCAUUAUUAAUGGACAUAUUACAUCCAAUCCCGCCAAUUGCUCGUUCGGAUAAUGACAAUCAAGCACAACGCAACCUAUUUUCAAGUGAGACAAGUGCAAUGAUGGAUGCACUUGGAUUAGCGAAUUACGUACGAGAGUUGCAUGCGUCUCAUCUAGGGGUGCAACGGUAA